AUGACACCGCCCCAUGGAGAAGGCGAUGGUCAACGAGUGAGAAAGAGACGUCGCAUCGUCAUCAGCUGCACUGAAUGUCAUCGCAGAAAACAAAGGUGUGAUCGAGAACUGCCAUGUGGGAACUGCAGGUCAAGGAAUAAGGAGUCGGCCUGUAUUUAUGAGACUGGCGCGCCAACGGCCAAGGAGAGUCGACCAAAACGCCAGCAUCAACAAACGGAAAAGGCUUUAGAGCCAUCUCCAGCACAAUCCAGCGACUCAACCGAAGAUGGCUUUGAUGAACUUCUGUCAUCCAAGGCGGCUGACUGGGGCUACGCACAGAACGGCGCGUCAACAAUGGGACUCUUGAAGCAGAUUGAGACAGCGACUGACGGCGAACAUGGCUCACCUUCAUCUGCGGGUAGAUCUCACGAAUUCUCGGUCGGCUCACCGGAAGAGGACCUUGCCCUGAGGGAAAAGUACAAGGGCAUCAUCCGUCAGCUGCCUGCGAGGAACUACAUCGACAAGCUUGUCGAGAUGUACAUGCGCGGCUUCAACUGGCAGUACUUUGCCAUCGACCCAGUGGUCUUUUAUGCGCAGCUCGAGCAAUGGAACAACCUCCCCUUUUCCACACUAUCGACAGUUGGCCCACGGGGGUUAAGCCCCGAGCUGCGUGCGUUCCCGGCCCUGGUGUUCCAGGUCAUCGCAACAGCACUUCUGCUAUUGCCAGAACGGCCUGACCCGGUGUUUGACUCGCUCAAGUAUGCUGGGAGUAUGCGGUUUGAGGAUCUCGCGGUUGAUUACAGCGACUCUGGUCAGGCGGUUGUGGAUCUCCUAGGGAAGAAGCACCUGUCACUGGUGACGGUUCAGGCGCAAUUCCUGAGGGCAUCUUUUUUCAAGUUUACAGCCAAGUGGCACACCAUCGCCAUGGCUACCCGCGAUGCGCAGGAGCUGGGCUUACAUCGCGACAGUUUGGACCCUAAACCCAAAGACUCGAGCAUUGAAAGCGUUCUUGAGAACCAAUGGGUGAUACAACGGAGAAGGAGGAUGUAUUCUCUGCUCGCCGUAUGGGACCUCAACUGUGCUAUGGUGCUCGGACGCCCUGGGACGAUAGACUGGAAUCAACUUCUCCCCACGCCGCCAGUGGACGCCAUCUUACCGGAGAAUGGUGACAAGUCGCCCAUAGUUCCUCGUGGUGAAGAUGAUCCUCCUACGCCGAUAACUCGGCUUCUUUGGAACUACCAGCUUUGCGGGCCACUACGAGCAAUCAUGAACCUCGAAAACGAAGGUGCAUAUCCGGUUGAUUUUAGCAAAGUUGAUCAGGUUCACCAGAGCAUUCUCGAUCUCGACAAGAAAAUGCCACCUGCUUUUCGACUGGAAAAUCCCGACACACGGUGGGAUGAUCGCCCCGAGACACACUGGUAUCAGGCGAAUCGAUAUUACUUUGCCCACCUGCACCAGUUCAGCAAGACAGCGCUGCACCGGCCGUACGUCUUCAACCGCAAGGAGAGUAGGGUGGAGGCCAUCAACUCCAGCCUCAGGACGCUCGAGAUUCAAAAGAUGACGUUUGAGGGUCUACCACCAGACUCGUGGAGGAAUUUCAUGCUCUUCUUCAGCAGCUUCGACGCCAUCGUGCUCAUCGCCUCUGUAUACAUCAUCUUCCCGCAAGAGUACGCUGAACUCACCAGUAAGAUCCUGGAGCACUUUCAGUGGACUAUCGAGCGGUUCUCAGCCAUGCAGGAGCGUAAUCCACUCGCAAAAUCGGCACAGGGUGUUCUCAGAGCCAUCGUUGUGCGGUUCAAGAGGGCGGUCGCAAAAGCAGAGAGUACCUCGCUCUCUUCCACGGAAAACAGAUCAACAACCGGUUCAAGUGGCUUGGCACCAACUUCCACACCAGGAAGUUCAUCGCUCGGCACGGGUGACGUUGCCGGUCUGACACAGUCUCAGCCCGCAGCGGAAAACGCGUGGAGGACACCACCAGCAGACAGCCUGGCGACGAUGGCGCCGUUCUUCCCCACGGGGGACUUAAUCUACAACGACCUCACGGCGGGUCCGGACGGCAUGAUGCUGCCAUUGGGAUCAACAGAGGGGGAGAUUGGAGGGGAUGAUUUACUGUGGCAGUUUGGGGGCGACUGGGGUGACGACACGGUCUGGCAGAUGCUGAAUCAGUUUCCGGCGACGGGAGACGGUGGGCCCGCCGUUUGA